CUCCGAGGUACCAUUCGCCCCGCGAGAAUUCAAGAGCUCUCCGGGCUCUGAAUCUUUGAUCUCCCAUGGCGUCCGAUCCCCCUCCUCCCCACCAGACGGCCAUUCCUCUUCCUCCGGCGUCCGGUGAUCAGCCUCUUCAUCUCGUCCACCGGACUCGCAUUCCUAUACCUCCGGCCGCAGUGACUGAAGCGGGCGGAGAUCUGCCAGAUGAUACUGACCAAUCUUCAUUGGUUCCAAUUCACAUUGUUGAUGAUGCGUCUCAACUUCCUCAUGAAUUUCUGAAUCCUUCAGCUGAUAAGAAGCUGGUUAUUGGAUUUGACUGCGAGGGGGUGGACCUUUGUCGAAAUGGGGCUCUUUGUGUGAUGCAGCUUGCAUUUCCAGAUGCUGUCUACCUGGUUGAUGCAAUAAAAGGUGGGGAGGCACUCAUGCAAGCCUGUAAGCCUGCACUUGAGUCUAGUUACAUCACAAAAGUUAUUCAUGACUGCAAAAGGGACAGUGAGGCUUUGUAUUUUCAGUUUGGAAUUAGGCUACAUAAUGUUAUGGAUACUCAGAUCGCAUAUUCUCUGAUAGAGGAGCAAGAAGGAAAGAAAAGAGCACCUGAUGACUACAUAUCUUUUGUUGGUCUCCUUGCUGAUCCUCGCUAUUGUGGUGUCUCAUAUCUUGAAAAGCAAACAGUGCGUGUACUUUUGAGGGAGGACCCAAAGUUUUGGACAUACAGGCCAAUGACUGAAAUGAUGAUCCGUGCGGCUACUGAUGAUGUUCGCUUUCUUCUAUACAUCUACCAUAAAUUGAUGGAGAAGUUGAAUGAAAAAUCAUUAUGGCAGCUCUCUGUUCGAGGAUCACUCUACUGUAGAUGUUUCUGCAUCAAUGAUAAUGACUAUGCUGAUUGGCCGCCUCUCCCCUCCCUUCCAGAGAGCCUGGUUGCUGAAGGAUAUGUUCCAGUAGAGGAGAUAUUGUCUGUGUUACAUGUACCCCCUGGGAAAAUGGGACGAAUCAUUGGGAGAGGAGGAGCCUCCAUUACAUCAGUCAAAGAGUGCUGCAACUGUGAGAUCCUUAUUGGCGGUUCUAAAGGUCCACCUGAUAAGGUUUUCAUCAUUGGACCGGUUAAAGAGGUGAGGAAAGCUGAGGCAAUCCUCCGAGGCAAGAUGCUCUACAUCUAGCAUUGCCCCUCUAUUGGUACAAAAUGCUUCACCUCUCCAGAUACUCUAGUCUGUGUUGCAGUCUUGUAUGAGGUUUGGUAUGGAUAAGGGCAAUAUAACAAAUCAUGUUAAUGCAACCUGCUCCAAGCCUAUUACCUUUCCUUGGAUGCCCUUUCCCAAAUUUUCUGGGAUGGCAUUUUCCAAGCAUCUGUAAAUACAGGAAAGGUAAGAAGGUAAGAGGGAACUUAUGGAUACACCAUUUCAUGAAUGCGCCUGACCCUUAUAUUAUCAGUGGCCUUUUUGUUUU